AUGUCACAAGCCUCCUCAAAUACUAUCGAAGAUCCAUCUCAUUCACUAACAGAAAAAUAUAAUCGCGACGAAGAACAACCACAAUCAGACGAUGUUGAGCAAGAAGAUAAAAUAGAAGACGAGGCAGAUCAUUCCGCGGAUGAAUUAAAUAACAAGCCAUUGUCUGCAUACGCAGGAAUCAUUACUAUGUGUAUUUUGAUUGCAUUUGGUGGGUUUGUCUUUGGAUUCGAUACCGGUACUAUCUCAGGUUUUGUAAAUAUGACCGAUUUUCAAAGAAGGUUUGGUCAAUCUGAUAGUUCGGGAGGACAUUACUUUUCAAAUGUUAGAACAGGUUGUAUUAUCGGUUUAUUCAAUGCAGGUUGUGCUAUAGGUGCUUUAUUUGUAUCAAAAGCUGCUGAUUUGAAAGGUAGAAGAUUAGCUAUAAUGUUGGCCAUGAUCAUUUAUGUUGUUGGUGUUAUUGUACAAAUUUCUUCACAAGAAGCAUGGUAUCAAAUUAUGAUUGGUAGAAUUAUCACUGGUUUAGGUGUUGGUACAUUAUCAGUUGUAUGUCCGAUGUUUAUUUCAGAAGUAUCCCCAAGACAUUUAAGAGGUACUUUAGUUUGUUGUUUUCAACUCAUGAUUACCAUGGGUAUAUUCUUAGGAUACUGUACAACUUAUGGUACUAAAACUUACUCAGAUUCUAGACAAUGGAGAAUACCAUUAGGUUUAUGUUUUGCUUGGGCUUUAUUAUUAGUUGGUGGUAUGGUAAGAAUGCCAGAAUCACCAAGAUAUCUUAUUGGUAAAGAUAGGAUUGAAGAUGCUAAAGCAUCAAUGGCUAAGACCAAUAAAGUUUCAGAAGAUGAUCCAGCAUUAUUAAAAGAGGUAAGAUUGCUUCAAGCAGGUGUAGAUAGAGAAAGAAUGGCAGGUAAAGCAGGAUGGAUGACUUUAAUCACAGGAAAACCAAGAAUUUUUGAAAGGGUUCUAGUAGGUGCUAUGUGUCAAGCUUUACAACAAUUGACAGGUAACAAUUAUUUCUUCUACUAUAGUACUACAAUUUUCAAAGCUAUUGGAUUGAAUGAUUCUUUUCAAACUUCAAUUAUUAUUGGUGUUAUCAACUUUGCAUCAACUUUCUUGGGUAUUUAUUUGAUUGAUAAAUUAGGAAGAAGAUCAUGUUUAUUAUUAGGUUCAUGUGCUAUGUCUGUUUGUUUCUUAAUUUAUUCAUUAGUUGGUUCUCAACAUUUGUAUAUCGAUGGUCCAGAUGGUCCAACCAGACAUGCUGAUGGUAAAGCAUUGAUUUUUAUAACAUGUUUGUUUAUCUUUUUCUUUGCUUCAACUUGGGCAGGUGGUGUUUAUUCAAUUAUUUCAGAAAUUUAUCCAUUGAAGGUAAGAUCAAAAGCAAUGGGUGUCGCUAGUGCUGCAAAUUGGAUUUUUGGUUUCCUUAUCUCAUUCUUUACUUCAUUCAUCACAGAUGCAAUUCAUUUCUAUUAUGGAUUUGUAUUUUUUGGCUGUUUAUUGUUUUCAAUUUUCUUUGUUUAUUUCAUGCUUUAUGAAACAAAGGGCCUUAAUUUGGAAGAAGUUGAUGAAUUAUAUCAGAGUGGUAUCCCAGCUUGGAAAUCAUCAGAAUGGGUUCCACCAUCAGAAGAAGAAAUGGCUACUUCAACAGGUUACGCAGGGUACCAUAAAGCUGAACAAGAACAUGUAUGA